AUGGCGCGACCUCCGAAAGAAAGAUCGUCCCUAAUAUCAGCUGCUACACUCGUCAAUGGCGAAAUGCCUGCACCUCCUCUACCUCCUUCACCAGCGCGAAGCAGUCCUGCUGCGACGCGUCGCAAAGCACCUUCGGUCAGUCAGAUGGCUGGAACUUCAUCAAUACCACCGGCAAAGUCAGCGCAUGCACCUAAGAAGCCGUCAAUAGCAAAAUAUGUGCUUGCCGUCAUUAUCAGUUUUGUUGCGGAAGCUGCAGGUCAGACAGCUGGCCGUUUAGCUCCUAUCAACUUGGGCGGUUCUGUUGAGCUUGCUGCCGUUUCAAGAGGAGUAGUCACAGACCUCGAGACGGCAGGUUAUGUCGCGUGGAAGAUCGGGUUUCUCACGGUUUGCUGGUUUGGCGGCCUUGAUGCUGUUGACGUCGCGUCUCUGAACACGUUGAUCCAGACACCAAUUUUUAUCCUGCUGCACUACUUCUACCUCAUCUCAGCUCCAACCCUCCUCACAACAUGUACCGUCUCGAUUCUUGCUCCAGCACUGCCUUUCUACCUUUUGAGACCUCUCAGCGCACCACACGCUGGCAAACACACGAAAGCAAGGGCCGGGCUAAGGAACAGGAUAAUCAUCAACGACCCAGUAACAACUCUAGCAACAAGUGCCACUGCGACGAUUGUGUACGCCAGUACCUUGCAAUUCGCAUUCAGCACCUUCCUUCCUGUCUUCCUUGUCCAGCACUUCGAUGGCUUGCGCGACCUUACUUUCGCUCACGACAUUGCUCGCACUCUACCCUCUCUGUGCAUGUGGCUUGCACCGGCUGGCAUUGCUUCAACACAGUUCCUCUUCAGGCCUGCUGAAGGAGCGACAGGUCCAGAAACAUCAACCUCCGCUACUGGACCGAACAGCAUCGCGCUCACGCACAACCACUUUGAUCCGGAGACCGCGACUUUCGCCCAACAUGUAUACCACAACGUUUGGGGUUGGUACACAUCUCGUCAGAAGGAGUUGAUUGGACGUACUAUCGUGCUUGGUGUCUUCCUGCUCCUUGAGAACGUUGUUCAUGUUUGGGGCACGAUUCAAGGUGUGGAUGCUGUGGGUGCUGCUGGUUAUGGUGGAUUGUGGCUCAUAGCUACUAUUGUGCUGGGUGCUUGGCUUGAUUUCGUUGGUGGACCUAGUGAUUAG